ACUAUUGGAGACUGAUCGGCUUUUUAUUUGGUUAAGUUCGUCAUUUGCGACUGUCUGCGACUUGUGAGAUCCAGUUCAUCUAGUCCAACUUAAAUAGAGCCAGUCAACUAGAGCAAGUUAGAGCGUUCACUCCAUAUCUCCAGCCUCUUUCAUUCGAAUUAUUUAGAUUUGAUUCUUUCCGGGUGUGGACGAUGUAGAGAGUUCGUUCUCGCCUGCAUAACUUAAACCAGAGAAAUCGUAAAAUUCGCGAGCACUUCGAGAGACGAGUGGGAUCUAACCAAGUAAGAAUGUUCAAUCAAGGCAACUCGUUGAGGACGGGUACAUCGAAUACAUCGAAUCCGAUGCAAGACUUCGAAGUUGUCUCACCGCCGGAUGACUCGGUCUCAAGCCUGGCGUUCAGUCCGGCGUCCGUACAACAAAACUUUCUAGUGGCUGGCUCCUGGGAUUGUAAUGUUCGUUGCUGGGAGGUAGAGCAAUCGGGCAAGACUGUACCAAAAUCCAUGCAGAGUAUGGGAGCGCCGGUCUUGGCUGUAUGCUGGAGUGAUGAUGGAACCAAAGUAUUUAUGGCAGGUGGUGACAAGACAGCAAAAUGCUGGGAUUUGGCUACAAAUCAGAGCGUACAAGUGGCAGCUCAUGAUGCACCUAUUAGAACAUGUCACUGGAUAAAGGCAUCUUCAUAUUCCUGUCUAAUGACUGGUUCCUGGGAUAAGACGCUAAAGUUUUGGGAUCUGCGCAGUCCUAAACCUGGAUUGAUCAUCAAUCUGCCUGAAAGAUGCUAUUGUUCGGAUGUUGACUAUCCUAUGGCGGUUGUGGGAACAGCUGGACGUGGUUUAAUAGUUUAUCAUCUGGAGACCACUCCACGUGAAUUUAAACCCGUCGAAUUGAGCUUAAAGUAUCAGUACCGUUGUGUGGCGAUCUUUAGGGACAAGAAAAAAGUGCCGACCGGUUUUGCAAUAGGAAGCACGGAAGGACGCGUUGCGAUUCAUCAUCUGAAUCUCAGUACAAAAGAGAACUUUACGUUUAAGUGCCACAGGACCAAUGGCACACCUAAUGGAUAUCAAGAUAUCUACGCGGUAAACGAUAUAGCAUUUCACCCGGUACAUGGCACCGUAGCGACCGUAGGCGGCGAUGGUACUUUUGGAUUUUGGGAUAAAGAUGCACGUACUAAGCUGAAAUCCUCUGAAACGAUGGAGCAACCCAUCACACGUUGCUGUUUCAAUCACAAUGGGCAGAUAUUCGCCUACGCUGUUUCUUACGAUUGGUCAAAGGGCCAUGAGUACUAUAAUCCAGCGAAGAAAAAUCAGAUCUUCCUGAGACCGUGUUACGAUGAACUGAAACCGAAGGCUACACCUUAAGCUGAUGACAUUCGAGCGAAACAGUGUGAAUCUAGAUAUAAUUACGAGGGUUCAUGUAUUUUUAUUCAAAAACUAUACUAUUGAUACUUUCUUUUUACUUACAAUUGUUAAUAUGCGUGUAAUAUAAAAUACAGUUAAAAUAGUAGUUAUUGACUUUUUUGUAUAUUAUGACAUAAAGAAUUGGUACUGUGAAGCAUGUUUUGACAUAUCAUUUGUGUAUAUUAUUUAUAUUUAUCUUUGCACAAGAACCUGAACGCGACGAUGAAUUCUAAGAUAUUGAACAAUGGU